AUGGCUACAACUGUAAUGAUAUUGAUGAAUGCCAAACAACCAACAACUGCAGCUCCUCAGCUAGUUGUACCAAUACCAAUAGUGGCUAUACCUGCUCAUGUAAUUCUGGCUACACUGGUGAUGGCUACAACUGUAAUGAUAUUGAUGAAUGCCAAAAAACCAACAGCUGCAGCUUCUCAGCUAGCUGUACCAAUACCAAUGGUGGCUAUACCUGCUAUUGUAAUUCUGGCUACACUGGCGAUGGCUACAACUGUAAUGAUAUUGAUGAAUGCCAAACAACCAACAACUGCAUCUCCUCAGCUAGCUGUACCAAUACCAAUGGUGGCUAUACCUGCUAUUGUAAUUCUGGCUACACUGGUGAUGGCUACAACUGUUAUGAUAUUGAUGAAUGCCAAACAACCAACAACUGCAGCUCCUCAGCUAGCUGUACCAAUACUUACGGUGGCUACCACUGUCUCUGCAAAGACGCUUUUACUGGAGAUGGAUAUCAUUGUUAUGUUGUACAGUGUCAGUUACCAAAGUUACCAGACACGAUAG